GUUUACGGACUUUUUUCAGAUCAUGACAACAGUGGACUCCACUUAAAGUGAGUGGGAUUAUCAAGUGGCAACAGUGUGGAAAUUUUCGAAGCGACUGGGACUGGAGCUGAGAAUUAAACGAGCCUGUGAAACGAGCUUCAAACGAAAGAAGUGAACGUUCCGGGCAGGCCUCCUCCCGUGCCUUUUCCGCGUAUUCUAACGUUUAGUUGUAGUGAGACCGGAUUUUUUGAGUGUGGUUUACAAACUUUAUACAAUGGCUUCCAUUCUGGAUUCACAGAGACUUACCGAAGAGGAGCAGCAGGAGAUCACUGAGAGAUUGAGCGAGAUAGACAAAAAUGGAGACGGACAUAUCGAUUUAAAAGAACUGAGAGAAGCAUUGGAACUAUGUGGCUUAAAGAUCGCUGGAUAUCAAUCCCGCUUAAUAGAAGAAGAAUUUAAAAACUCCAACAAAACAAAGAUAAAUGGAAAAUUAACGUACGAAGAAUUCAUCAAGCUUAUCUGUGAUCUUAGAGCAAAUGAGGUAGCGAAAACCUUCAGGACGGCAGUAUCGAAAAGGGAAAAUCUUCAGCAUUUGGGAGGCACAUCUCAUGCUUCAAACGAUGGCACAACCCAUUCGGUUAGGCUGGAAGAGCAGCUCGCAUUUUCCGACUGGAUUAACUCCAAUUUGCAACACGAUCCCGAUUUGAAGAAGUUAUUGCCAAUUGACCCAGAAGGAAAGCAGUUGUAUGAGAAAGUCCAGGAUGGUAUUUUGCUAUGUAAAAUCAUCAAUCAUUCCUGCCCAGACACCAUUGACGAGCGAGUAAUCAACAAAGGAAAAUUGACACUGUAUACUAAACUAGAAAAUUUGACUCUGGCGCUCAAUUCAGCCUCUGGAAUUGGUUGCAAUGUGAUCAACAUUGAUGCGCACAGUUUAGAGAAAGGAACCCCUCACCUGGUGCUGGGGUUGCUGUGGCAGAUUAUUAGAAUUGGAUUGUUCAACCAAAUUACACUGGAACACUGUCCAGGAUUGACCACUCUGCUUGGCGAAGACGAGAAGAUCGAUGACUUGAUGAAACUGUCUCCGGAGGCAAUUUUGCUGAGAUGGGUCAACUACCAUCUAGAGCGCGCAGGCACUCACAGGCGAGUUACGAACUUCCAAAGCGAUAUCGUUGACUCUGAGGUCUACUCCUACCUGAUCAAGCAGAUUGCACCAACUGAUGCAGAUGUGGACAUCAGUGCUUUGAACGAAAGGGACUUGCAUGAAAGGGCCGAAAUUAUGCUUCAGCAAGCUGCCAAAUUGAAGUGCAGAUCAUUCGUAACACCGCAGGACGUUGUCAAUGGAGUCUACAAGCUCAAUCUGGCCUUCGUGGCAAACUUGUUCAAUAACCAUCCAGGGUUGGAACAAACCAAUGGUACUAUUGAUGGAUAUGAGACUGUCGAAGAAACGAGAGAGGAAAGAACCUACCGAAACUGGAUUAAUUCGAUGGGAGUUUCUCCGCAUGUUAACUGGUUGUACUCUGACUUAGCCGACGGCCUAAUCGUCUUCCAAUUGUACGAUAUCAUUAAACCCGGCGUGGUAAAUUGGGGCAAAGUGCAUCGAAAAUUCGCAAACGAAAGAAAGAAGUUUAUGGAGAAAUUGGAAAACUGUAACUACGCCGUCGAAUUGGGCAGAGACCAAGUGAAAUUUUCGUUGGUUGGAAUUGGAGGCCAAGAUAUUAACGAAGGCAAUGUGACUCUGACCCUCGCUUUGAUUUGGCAAUUGAUGAGAGCCUACACUUUGUCCAUUUUAUCUCAACUCCAUGAGUCUGGAAGUCCGAUUGUGGAGAAGGAAAUCGUCAACUGGGUUAACGCCAAACUGGCAUCUGCUGGUAAGAAAACAUCCAUCAGGAGCUUCCAGGAUCCCACGAUUUCUGAUGCGAAAGUUGUUAUUGACCUCAUCGAUGCUAUCCGACCUGGCGCCAUUAACUAUGACUUAGUGAAAACUGGCGGCACUGAAGAGGGAAAUUUGGCGAAUGCGAAAUACGCAAUUUCCAUGUCACGUAAAGCAGGAGCAAGAGUGUACGCCCUUCCAGAGGACAUAACUGAAGUGAAGCCCAAAAUGAUAAUGACAGUAUUUGCAUGUCUGAUGUCUUUGGACUACGUUCCCAAUAUGGACAGCGCAAAACGGCAAUAACUACUUCAUUUAAUUUAUUGUUUUUUUUUAAUCUUUAUAUUUUAUACUAUUAAAUAGUCAUUUAAUGUUACAAUGUAUAACAUUCCAAAUUUCUUCAAAGCUGCAUUUACAUUCAUGGUACAUUACGACUGUGUUUAGGAGUCAUUUUCUAAUGCCUAUAACUCCUGAGAUUGGUUUCGAGGUUGAGUGUAAAUGUACUUUCAAAUUUUAACUAGUCUGAGGAAAAGUAUUAAAUGCAAAAAAUGUUUAAACAUUCCUGUUUGGGUUAUGGUGCAAUAAUUCUUUCAGUUGGGCUGUUAAACAAUGACAAACACAGUAAAAUGUACAAAACGUCAUCAAAUCUGCAUCGUUUGAUAUUUCAUAUUAAGUUUCGCAGUAAUCCUAAUUUAUUUUUAUAUAAAUUUCAUUUGUUUAGAUUAUUGGCUCUGCAAUACCAAUUCAAGUGCCAUUUACAUCAUAGGUGUAAUAUUACGGAGUGUAUAAAAUAGUAUUACAGUAAUAUUUAUACUUUGUGUAAAUUUGUAACUUUUUCAUGUACACUGGUCAUUUGCUUUAUUAAAUGAAAAAGUAUUCA